AUGGCUGUUCGCGUCUUCUUGUUAGGAUUGUUCUUAGUCAUUUCCUCCUCUUCAACCUUGGCAUCUGAAUUUCCAAGUCGUUAUAAGACCAUCUGUGUCAAGCCAGACAUAAAUAGCACAGUGGUGCUGGUAAAUGGUUUCCCAUGCAAGAACAUUAGCGAGGUUCAAGCUAACGACUUCUUCUCAAGCGGACUCAAUCCACCAAAGACAUUCAAUCGAUAUGGAUCAUCAUUGGCGUGGGCGACUGUGACCGAAAUCCCUGGACUCAACACUCUCGGCGUCUCAAUGGUGCUUGCCAUCUUUGAGGCAGGGGGCAUCUUCCCUCCCCACACAAACCAGGCAGACGAGCUAGUGUUUGUCCUGGAAGGAACCAUUGAAGUGGGCAUUAUUACACCCUAUCCCGAUAACCGUCUCAUCUCGAAAGUGCUUAAUCAGGGUGAGUUGUUUGGAAUUCCGACCGGUCCCGUCCACUACCAAAUAAAUCAAGGAACCACAAAUGCCGCUAUCCUAGUUGCUCUUAGUAGCCAAGACGUUGCACCCGUCAUGCUUGCAGAAACCAUGUUUGGGUCCAACUUAAAACUCGAGACGGAUCUUCUUGCAAAAGCUUUCCAUGUGGAUAAAAGAAUUAUUACUCAAAUUGUAUCCAAGUUCUAG